CCUUGCUCUGAUAUAUAGUCGAAGAACCAUAAGUCCUUACCUACGAAAAAUGAAGCCCAAAUCGAAAAAUGACAAGCCCUCGACUUCGAAGGCUACGCUUAGUACUAUACUGAAGAAGAGUCGCGAUGACUUGAGCGAGAAACUUCGGCAGGCAGCCGCCAAGUUGGAGAAAGGCCCAUCGCCAGGGCCCUCUAGGAGCAAGGAACCCACUCAGCAAGGGUUCCGGAAGGGGAAGAUGGACAAUGACCGGGACCGACUGAUGUACAUGAAUAGCAUUACGAUGCUUAAUGAUGGAAUGCGCAAGAGAAUUGAGCAGUUCAAAGAAUCAAAGAUUGCAUUGGUGGAAUCGAACGCAAGACUCAAAUUGGAGAUUCAAGAUUUGACCCAAAGGAAAAAAGAAUUGGAUCAAAUCCACAAGGAGAACUCUUGUCCGAUCUGCCUUUCCCGGUGGCAUCUCGAUGGCGACCAUUUUCCGAUGUCUUUGAAAUGCGGCCAUGUUUUCGGUGCGAAGUGCAUCUUCCAGCACUUGGGAUCUUGCUUUGCUUGUCCCACCUGCAGACAGCCGGUGUAUUAUAACUCACUACGCAGCCUCUACCCAUAUUAACAGACUGGGCUCUUCCAAUGCUUCAGAUUGUAAUGGUAAUAACAUGAUUGGAAACGCUGGACUCAGGACAUGUAAUUAUUUAUACUAGAACUAUUAUCAAAUCGAACGAGCUUGUUAAGCUAAGUUGCCUGUUAGUUUAUACGGAUAUAUGCGGAUAUCACAGUUUACAAAAAAUUAUAUAAAGGGUUUUUAUACGAUGGGAAACCCUGACGAAGCAAGUGUUCGGAGCAGCAAUAACAAAAUUGUUAAAUUUUAAAUGGCA